UUUGUGGCGCUGAAACUAUGUACAUUUCUCUGCUACUGCCAUACUGAUACCGACCCUCUCGCAUUCUCACUCUGCGUUCCCUGUCCUUCUUCUCUUCUCUCACCCUUAUCCCUGACGCUCUUCGCAAUUUUCACGAUAAAGCCUUUCAUUUCGGGGCCCCAAUUUUCGCAUUUUACUGGGCGAGUGCAUUGUAUAAUUGCAUAGUUAUUCCGAAAGCAACUGGAAGUAGGAGGAGGAGAAGGGAGAGGAAAGUGAAAGUGUGAGACUAUGUGCAAUGCGAGUGAAGCAUACGCUAGCAAAUUCCCCCAACAACACUCAUGAUGAGGGGCUCGGGUUUGAAGAAAUGGGCAGUGGGAUUUGCACUUGGAAAUGAAGGAGAGGCAACGUUGGACAGCUGAAGAGGAUGCUUUAUUGCGUGCUUACGUCAAAGAGUAUGGCCCUAGGGAAUGGAAUCUUGUGUCCCAACGAAUGAACAAACCCCUUAAUAGGGAUGCCAAAUCCUGCUUAGAAAGGUGGAAGAACUACCUCAAGCCUGGCAUCAAGAAGGGGUCUCUUACCGAAGAAGAGAAAUCUCUUGUCAUCCACCUUCAACAGAUUUAUGGCAACAAAUGGAAGAAAAUUGCUGCAGAAGUCCCUGGUCGCACUGCCAAGAGGUUAGGUAAGUGGUGGGAAGUAUUUAAAGAGAAGCAGCAGAGAGAGAAAAAAGACAUCAACAAAACAGUUGAUCCAAUUGACGACACCAAAUACGAUCACAUCCUUGAGACCUUUGCUGAGAAGCUUGUGAAAGAACGCCCUUCCCCAUCCUACCUCAUGGCUGCCUCCAAUGGGGCAUUUAUUCUCACUGAUGCACCAGCUCCUCCUUCAGCUAUGCUUCCUUCAUGGCUUUCUAACUCUAGCGGCAAUUCAGCUAUUAGGCCACCCUCCCCUUCUGUGACGCUAAGUCUCUCUCCCUCCACUGUUGCUGCUUCAUCUCCAUUUCAAUGGUUACAACCCGAGAGAAUGCCAGAGAAUGCUCCUCCUGUUAUUCGGAAUGCAACACCUCAUGGAACUAUUUCAGGUUUUGGUGAUAACAUGCUUGUAUCUGAGCUUGUUGAAUACUGUAAAGAGCUGGAAGAAGGUCACCAGACAUGGUCAUCACAUAGGAAGGAAGCAGUGUGGAGGUUAAGGCGGGUGGAGCUGCAGCUGGAGUCAGAGAAGGCAUGUCGUAUGCGAGAGAAGAUGGAAGAGUUUGAAGUGAAGAUUAAAGCUCUUUGGGAAGAACAGAUGGCUGCUUUGGAUAGAAUGGAAGCCGAAUACUGGGAGCAACUAUCUGAACUGAGAAGAGAUGCAGAAACCAAGGAGCAGAAAUUGACUGGGCAAUUAGCUGCUAAACACUCAAGGCUUAGUAAGCUUCUGGAUCAGAUAGGUUGCAGACCCAGGCUUGCUCAGCCUAAUGUAAGAUGAAUAAAAUGGAAGCUGAAUACCUCGAACAACUAUCUGAACUGAGAAGAGAUGCAGAAACCAAGGAGCAGAAAUUGGCUGCAGAAAACUUGAGGCUUAGUAAGCUUCUGGAGCUGAUAGGUUGUAGACCCAGGCUUGCUGAGCCAAAUGGAAGAUGAAUAUACUUCAUCUACUUAUAGCAUGAAUGUUAAGUGUUUGAUUAUUCUUAUUUGAUCUUGCGCCUUUUCCCCUAGAAAUUUUAUUUACGCAAUUGUCCUACUUAUAUGUACAACUUGAGGAUUUUAUGGUAUAUGAGUUGAUAUAGGAGGCAGAGUUUUGCACCCGUCGUUAUCAAUAUAAGCUUAGUUUUAUUUCCAA